CGGAGAGUCGUCAAGAGAUAUCGGAGGCGCAGGUAGGAAAAACAGCCCACGCCCAUGAGCCUCACAACCACUCUGCCCGUACGCACAGCCAUGUCCAAGCCCUCGACGUACAUUCUCGUGUCCCUGCCAACCUCCAUCACUCCCUCCGCACACAAGGACGAGGCGUUCGGCGCUAUUCAGAAGACCGUAGGCAGCGACGGCAAUGUGCUGCCCUUCGCCAUCCCCGCCUUCAAGAUCGGAACGCUCGAUGCGUUGGUGCAGCAGGCGGACGAUCUCGCAAAGCUGAGCUCCGGUUGUGAGGCGGUGGUCGGCAAGGUGGGCGAUUCGCUGAAGAGCAUCCUCGACGGCGACGAGGCGAAGGUGGCGGAUCAGAAGACGAUCAAUGACAAGCCCGUGGACCAGUAUCUACGCUCAUUUCAGUGGAACAAAGUCAAGUAUCGUGCGGACAAGUCCAUAGCAGAUCUCAUUGAGCUACUCCAGAAGGAAAUCGCCGGCAUAGACAACGACGUCAAAGCCAAAUUCAACCAAUACAACUCCGUCAGGACAAACCUGCUGGCCUCUCAGCGCCGCCAGACGGGCAAUCUGUCGACGCGCUCUCUCCUAUCUAUCGUCCCGCCUUCUGCGCUGAUCCAAGACUCCGAGUACCUGGAGACUCACCUCAUCGCCGUCCCCAACAAUCUCACCAAGGACUUUUUCAAGACGUACGAAUCGCUGGCCGAGAUGGUGGUCCCGCGCUCGGCGCAGGAGAUCAGCAAGGACGACGAGUUCACGCUGUUUGCCGUGACGAUGUUCAAAAAGUUCUCGGCGGACUUUUUGCACAAGGCUAGGGAGAAGAGGUGGAUUCCACGGGACUUCAAGUACAAGGCUGGUGGACAGGAGGAGGAAAGGAAGGAGGUUGAGCAGCUGGAGAGAGAGGAACGGAAGCUGUGGGGCGAGGCGCUGAGGCUGGGUCGAACGGGCUACUCGGAAGGCGCCAUGGUCUGGGUGCAUGUUCUUGCGCUGAGGGUGUUUGUGGAGACGGUGUUAAGAUACGGAUUGCCGUUGGACUUUGUGUGCACUCUGAUCCAGACCUCAUCGAAACAAGCGAAGAAGAUCCGGACCAACCUUGACGCAAAGUACUCGUACCUGGGAGGCAACGCAUUCGGCCGAGACAAGAAGGGCCGCGUCACAACCGACUCGGGAGGGGGCGUUGGGGCCGAGCAGAUUGCCCAGCAUGGAAACGAGGAUUACACGGCGUAUGUAUACUACGAGUUUGAGAUCGCGUAGCAAUCGCGCUGGAACAUCUGGAUUAUUCGUGUCUUCCUUUUUUUUUUCUGGCUUGGCUUGGCGCACGCGCAUGCAAAUGUGUAGAUAAAGGACAAUUUCUCGGUGGCUUCGAAGCAGCCGACCGGCAUGAGAUGAUGGUUUAUGCAAAGUUCUCUACAAGACGGACCGGCGAGCAACGGUUAAGCGUCGCCUCCGUCCUUUUCUUUUCUA